CCCCUCCCUGCCCUGGGCUGGCUGGGCUCCAGGCAGCAGCCACAGCAUCAAUAUUUCAUCCGCGUCAAUAAGAGGCAGCGGCAGGGACAGCGGCUGCAGAAGCGCUUGCCGGCUCCAGUCAGUAGCUUGCGGCAGUCCCAUCCGGUCCUUGCCACCACCAUGGACGUCUUCAAGAAAGGGUUCUCCAUUGCCAAGGAAGGUGUGGUGGGUGCCGUGGAGAAGACCAAGCAGGGAGUGACGGAGGCAGCUGAGAAGACCAAGGAGGGGGUCAUGUAUGUGGGUACCAAAACCAAGGAGAACGUGGUGCAAAGUGUAACCUCAGUGGCUGAGAAGACCAAGGAACAGGCCAACGCUGUCAGCGAAGCUGUGGUCAACAGUGUCAACACAGUGGCCACCAAGACCGUGGAGGAGGCAGAAAACAUCGUGGUCACCACCGGGGUGGUGCGCAAGGAAGACUUGGAACAGCCUGCGCAGGGCCAGGAGGCCUCAGAGCAAGAGGAGAAUGAAGAGGCUAAGAGUGGAGGAGACUAGGACGCUGCCAUCAGCCCCAGAGACCAAAGAGGCACCCCUCUUCCUUGGACCCUGUCCCUGCCUGGCACAAUAAGUGCCCCGCCUAGAGUGCCCUGCAGGUUGCCCAUGAUCUCUGCUCCUCAGCCCGGUGCCACAAGCCUGUCCACACACGCUGCUGCCAGCGCCAGCGCCCCCUGCUGGCUCCUUUUGUCCUAUGGUCCUUUGGAUCCCACAGAUCAGAUGCUGCUGUGAUUUUUUUUUUAAUGACUCCAAAUAAAACCUGAGCCCCACUCUCA